AUGGCAGACGUUGUGUUUCCCGCAAUCGCUGAAAGAGCAAAAACAGUAACAAAUGCACAAAAGGGCAAGUUUGAUAAGAAAUACAGGAUGAUACAAUUCCCUCCUAAUAGCCAAGACAAACUCGUCUCACUAGAUGAAGUCCAGAAAAUUGGCAAAGAAUACUUUACAGUCAGAGCAGUAGUAGCUCAUAGAGAACUGGCUAAAGGAAAAUACGAGUACAGAGUAAGAUGGGAAGGCUACGAAGAAAAAGACGAUACAUGGCAAACGCCCGAGCCCUUUAACAGCCCUAAACCUAUUGCAAAUUAUUGGGAUCGACUUGCAAACGCCGCACUACGCAGCCCACACCUACACGCCGAAGCAAAUGCUCAAGAUGCUAACGCUCAAUACGCUUACGUACAACACGAUAAAGUUCACGAUGUUAACGCCCGAUGCUAUGCCCAAGAAGCUAACAUGGUCCCUUCAGUCUAA